AUGUCCGGUAGAGGUAAAGGUGGUAAAGGUCUAGGAAAAGGUGGUGCCAAGCGUCACAGAAAGAUUCUUAGAGAUAACAUUCAAGGUAUCACAAAACCAGCCAUCAGAAGACUGGCAAGAAGAGGUGGUGUCAAGCGUAUUUCGGGUUUGAUUUACGAAGAAGUUAGAGCCGUCUUGAAAACGUUUCUGGAAAGUGUUAUCAGGGACGCUGUCACAUAUACAGAACACGCCAAGAGAAAGACUGUCACAUCGUUGGAUGUGGUGUACGCGUUGAAGAGGCAAGGUAGAACUUUGUAUGGUUUCGGCGGUUAG